AUUAUAUAGCUCAGGAUAUUGCAUUUUCUCUUUGUCUUAAGCAGUUGCUUGGGUCUUUAACCAUAUAGUUAAGCACAAUCCAGGUUUUCUAAGCACAAAUCAGAUUUUAUUGAAUUCUAUAAAUGUUUACUGAAACUUGAUCACCUUGCAGAUAUCAUAUUAGGCACUGUGAUAUAUAAGUUCUGGAUGAGACAUAAAACUGUUACGUUGAGAACUAUAAACACAGUAAGAAUAAUAUAAAGUCUGCUCUAUUAAAGAUUGAAACAGGAAAGGUUGAAGAAGAGAACCAAUAAACCAGGAAUUCAUUGAAAAUACCACUAAUUGACAAGUCUAAGUACUUACUGUAAUUUUUCUUCUAAUACUAUGAAGCAAGAUGAAACCAGCUUUUGGCUCAACUACUGCCUAGAGUCUAGUUUUGGCUGUUCUGUUGAGAUACAAGCUGGGUGUAGAUUUUUGUUGCCUUAUUUUUGCUCAUAUUAUUCUUUUUGUAGGCCUAGAUGGCCCUGUUGAAGUCCUAUGCGUCUGCAAAAUUGCAUCUCAAAUGGCAAUUUACGAUGUAAUUCUCUAAGUGUGCUUUUUGGUUUCUAUGGAGCUUUUUAGUCUGUGUGUGCCUCUUUGUUACUUAGUAUGAUUGAUUAAUUCAUUCUUUGGGACUUCAAAAGAAUUAAAAGACAGUGCAUAUAGGUAGAGACUGGAGGUGAAGCUGAGAGGGAGGAGACAUUGUAUCCCAGGGAAUAAGGCAAUUUUUAUUCAGGAAAGAGCAGAAGUUGGAGUGGCCAAAGCAUUGGGGGUUAAGAGAAAAUAGGCGGCAGCCUGGGCUUGGAAUUUAGAAAUUUUUUCUACUGGAACAUAAGUACUGCAACUAUGGUUAAGAAUCUCCUCCAACUCGUUGACUACAUGAAUGAAUGAGUAGUCACUGUACUGAGAAGUUCGUGAACAAGAGAAUGCUAACACAUGAAUUCUAGCCAAGGCCUGUUGAAGAACCAGAUUGGAAGAAAAGUAGACACAGCCUGAUUACACAGCGCAUUUGGGCAGUAGGCAUGGAAAAAAAAAAAAAAAAUCACAGUAAGCUCUCUUCAGAGAUACCAAAACUUUUCCCUUUCUUGGAAUGUCUUUCACACAUCUGGCUAGUUUUGUUGUUGUUUUAUUUAGAAACCGAGCUUUAGUAAAUAUGAGUGUCUGUGCGUGCGUGCAUAUAGUUUUAAAUUCAGAAAGUACUGCACGUUUGUUUUUCAAAACAUCUGGAAGUGUGUGAUACAAAACAGCGUACAGUUCAAUCAAUGCGUUAGAUCUGUUAGGUCUGUUAACACGAAGAGAAAGGUUUAGUGGUGGACAGCGACUGCGAUGCCGCAGGCGCGAAGAGACGUCUGGACAACCUCAGAGGAGCUGCGGGCUCUCGGGCCUGGCACGCGGGAUUUAGGUCGGAAGCCAGGUGGGUGCGUGCUGCUGGCGACUAGCAUUCGUGGCAGCGGCCUCGCGAGAUCUUCGCCCCACGAAUGCGCGCGUGUGAGCGGCCGUGACGCCGACCCUAGAGCGCUCCCAACGGCCGCCGCCCCAGUCCACUGUCGGAGCCCCAAAGCCACACCAUGUUCCUCCUAAUGCUGCUGCUUGUUGGGCUCCGCGGCUUGCUGGCAUCAGGACCUGGUUCUCAAAAUCCAUUUUUACAAAUUAUAGUUCCAGAGAAAAUCCAAGAAAAUACAAGUGAUAAUUUGGAACUAGAAAAUGAAUGGAUAUCAUAUACUAUUACAAUAGACCAGAAGCUAUACACUAUACAUCUUAAGCAAAGGAUUUUUUUAGCACAUAAUUUUAUGGUUUAUGUGUAUAAUCAAGGAUUUGUGAAUUCACAUCCUUCAGAUGUUCAGGCUCAGUGCUAUUACCAGGGGUAUGUUGAAGGAUAUCCCAAUUCUGUUGUUACACUCAGCACAUGCACUGGAUUGAGAGGAAUACUGCAGUUUGAAAAUGUUUCUUAUGGAAUUGAGCCUCUGGAAUCUGUAGUUGAAUUUCAGCAUCUUAUUUAUAAAUUAAGGGAUGGAAACAAUGAAUUUGCAGCUCUUACCAAAGAUAACCGAGGCAUAGAACAAAACCCAGUGGACUAUAACAUUAUUACAAGUGAAAAAUCACAAUCAACUGUUCCGGAUUUAAUCCCUCUUUAUCUAGAGAUGCAUAUUGUGGUGGAUAAAGCUUUGUAUGAUUACUUGGGCUCUGAAAGCAUGAUAGUAACAAAUAAAAUCAUCGAAAUUAUUGGCCUUGUAAAUGCAAUGUUUGCCCAAUUUAAAGUUACUAUUGUGCUGUCAUCGUUGGAGUUAUGGUCAGAUAACAAUAAGAUUUCUACAGUUGGUGAGGCAGAUGAAGUAUUGCAUAGAUUUUUAGAAUGGAAAAAGUCCUAUCUUUCUCUAAGACCUCAUGAUAUUGCAUAUCUAUUCAUCUAUAGAAAUUAUCCAGAUUAUGUGGGGGCAGCAGUUCCUGGAAAGAUGUGUGUUACCCAUUUUUCAGCUGGAAUUGCUAUGUACCCCAAGGAGGUAACUCUGGAGGCAUUUUCCAUUAUUGUUACACAGAUGCUCGGACUGAGUCUGGGAAUAUCAUAUGAUGACACAAAGAAAUGUCAUUGUACAGGAGCUAUCUGUAUAAUGAAUCCAGAAGCUAUGCGAUCAAGUGGUGUCAAGACUUUUAGCAGUUGCAGUUUGAGUGACUUUGAAAAUUUCAUUUCAAAUAUGGGUGCCAAAUGUCUUCAGAAUAAACCCCAAAUGCAAACAGCUCUGAGAGCAAUCUGUGGCAACGGCAAAGUGGAGAGAGGUGAAGUGUGUGACUGUGGUACUGAGGAACAAUGUGGAAAGUCUAGCUGUUGUAAUUUUCAAACUUGUACACUGAAAUCAGGAGCACGGUGUGGUCAUGGAUUAUGCUGCAAGAACUGUCAAAUUGAAAGACAAGGUGUUGUAUGUAGGAAAGCAAGACAUCAUGAAUGUGAUAUUGCUGAGUUUUGUAAUGGAAGCUCACCAGAAUGUCAACCUGAUAUGACUAUACACAAUGGACAUGUAUGUAAACAAAAAUAUGUGUGUUAUGAUGGAGUCUGCCAGGAUACAGAUGCACGGUGUGAGGUCACAUUUGGAAAAGGUUCAAAAAAUGCACCAUUUGCCUGCUAUGAAGAAAUACAGUCUCACGCUGAUAGGUUUGGGAACUGUGGUAAAAUAAGAGGCAAAUUUCAAUCCUGUUCAUGGAGGAAUCUUCAAUGUGGGAGACUAAUUUGUACUUACCCUACACGAAUUCCUUUUCGCAAAGAAAAUGGUGCUGUGAUUUAUGCUUUUGUACGAAAUAAUUUAUGUAUAACCAUAGACUACAGAUUGCCUAAUGCAAAUCAAGAUCCAAUGAAAGUCUCCAAUGGUUCUCAUUGUGAUGAAGGGAGGAUCUGUGUAAAUGGUGAAUGUGUAGAAUCAAGAAUAAUUAAGUCUGAAUCAUCUGUCUGUUCAAAAAAGUGCAAAGGACAUGGAGUGUGCACUUCCAAUAAAACGUGCCAUUGUUUUGAAGGCUACCAGCCUCCAUUUUGUGAAACGCGUGGCAGAGAAGCUUCUAGUUUGCCUGAGAAACAGGGUUUAAUCAUGGAAAGAGCUUUUAGGAAGGCUGAAAAGAACCAGUGGCUUCUAGGUUUCUACAUUGCUUUGCCUAUUCUCAUCAUAGCAACCAUAAUAGCUAUUGUUUCAUGGAAGAGUUCAAAAAAGUGGUUCACCAAGGAAGAGGAAUCCUUGAGUAGCGAGUUAGAAGGCAGCACUCACACAUAUGCUAGCAGAUCCAGAUCAGAAAGCAGCAGCCAAACAGAUACAGUCAGAUCCAGUUCAGAAAGUAGUGCUCAAACAUAUACCAGCAGAUCCAAAUCACAGGAAAGCACCCAAACACAUAAUAGUAGUAACUAAUAAUUCCUUCAGAAGGCAAUGGAUAUCAGAGAGUAUCUCACUGAGAAAUGAAAAUUUCACCUUUGCUUCCUUGGUCACAGUUGAAGGAAACAAUAAACCAAGUGUGGAACUA